CUGGGAGCUUCUCAUUCCAACCUCUCACUCUCCAUCUGUGCAGGUACAUUGGCAGGGAGACCGAAAAGAGGCAGAUGGCGCUUCUGAAUAGAGCGCCCUCCUCCUCAGUAGUGAUUCCAUCACCGGUAGUAGUUGUGGUGGUGGUGGCAGUAGUGUGGAAUCUGAUGAUAGGUACUGGGGAAUGCAAGUACAUGUCGUAUGACACCACGUCGAGAAUCGUGCCGGGGAAGAUCAAUGUCCAUUUGGUUCCUCAUACUCAUAAUGAUGUUGGCUGGGUGAAGACUGUUGAUCAGUACUACGUUGGCUCCAACAAUACCAUUAAGGGAGCAUGUGUUCAAAACAUACUGGAUUCUAUAGUCCCGGCGUUGCUGGCUGAUAAGAACCGAAAAUUCAUUUAUGUCGAGCAGGCUUCUGUGCAGGAAAAUUUGAAUUGUGCCUCUCGCUUGACAUAACACUGGCUUUCUUCCAACGGUGGUGGAAUGAUCAGAGCGAGGCAGUCCAAGAAGCGGUCAAGAAGCUUGUCCAUGACGGUCAGCUCGAGUUUGUAUAACACGAACAAACUGACAUCAACAUGGUUGAUGAGACGUGUUUGGUGGGGGUUGGGUUGGUGGUGCAGAAAUGGAGGUAUGUGCAUGCACGAUGAGGCCACGACACAUUACAUCGACAUAGUUGAUCAGACUACGCUGGGCCACAGAUUCAUAAAGGAACAAUUCAGCGUGACACCACGGGUUGGUUGGCAAGUAGAUGCCUUCGGGCAUUCAGCUGUGCAGGCUUACUUGCUAGGAGCAGAGGUUGGAUUUGACUCUCUCUUCUUUGGGCGGAUUGACUACCAAGAUGGAGCUAAAAGGAGGGACGAUAAGAGCCUUGAGUUCAUCUGGCAGGCAUCUAAAAGUCUUGGCACAUCUGCACAAAUAUUUUCUGGUGCAUUUCCAAAGAACUAUGAGCCUCCAACUGAUAACUUCUAUUACGAAGUUAAUGAUGAGUCCCCUAUUGUUCAGGACAACAUUAAAUUUUUCGACUACAAUGUCCGUGAUAGAGUUGAUGAGUUUGUGUCUGCUGCAGUAGCACAAGCCAACGUUACUCGCACAAACCAUGUUAUGUGGACUAUGGGGACAGAUUUUAAGUACCAAUAUGCACGCACCUGGUUCCGGCAAAUGGAUAAACUCAUUUAUUAUGUCAAUCAAGACGGGCGCGUCAAUUCCCUAUACUCAACCCCUUCCAUAUACACAAGUGCAAAGCAUGCGGCAAAUGAGUCCUGGCCUCUGAAAACAGAAGACUUUUUCCCAUAUGCAGAUGCGAUAAACACUUACUGGACGGGAUUCCUUAGCAGUAGGCCUGCUCUCAAGGGCUACGUUAGAAUGAUGAGUGGCUAUUACUUGGCUGCAAGGCAGUUGGAGUAUUUCAAUGGAAGGGCGGAAGCAGGAACAGGGCCUUCCACGGACUCCUUGGGUGAUGCUUUAGCUAUUCUACAACAUCACGAUGCAGUGAGUGGCACGGAGCAGCAGCACGUCGCUGAUGACUACGCCAAGCGUCUCUCCAUAGGCCACACUAAGGCUGAAGAAGUUGUUGCAGCAUCAUUCGCCUGCUUGGUGAACCCAUCGAAAUCCUGCAAGUUUCAGCAGGAUAAGUUCCAACAGUGUCCGCUACUCAACAUCAGUUACUGCCCACCAUCGGAAAUCAACCUGUCAAGUGGGAAGAAAGUGGUCAUCGUCGUAUACAACCCCCUCGGAUGGAAAAGAGAAGAUGUCGUAAGAAUUCCAGUUGUUGACCGAAACGUUGCUGUUCGAGAUUCUGAUGGACAAGAAGUUACAUCGCAGCUUCUACCUAUACCAGAUGCUACUAUCAGCUUAAGAAGCUUCUAUUCAGCAGCAUAUUUGGGAAAACCCUCUGAUGUGACUCCUAAAUAUUGGCUUGCUUUCACUGCAUCCGUAGCCCCUCUUGGUUUUAACACCUAUAUUAUUUCAAGAGGGAAAGCUGCUAUUUCAGAAAGGCAAAUAGUAGGCAGCGGCCUCAACAAUACCCUGAAAAUAGGGUCAGGAAACUUGCAACUCGUCUAUUCCGGAAGGGGAGGAAAGCUAGUUCAAUACAAUAAUAGUAAGAACAUGGUUAACGCAGCUCUAGAGCAGUCCUACUGCUUUUAUGCAGGAGAUGACGGAUUCGUGGAUUUACAGGUAAGUUACUUCCCAUUGCCCACCAAUUCCGCAUCUCUUAAUUUAUGCAAUAUUUUGCCCUUGCAAAAAACUUUGGAUAGGCCUCCGGGGCAUACAUCUUCAAACCAAAUGGUUCAUAUCCCAUCAAGCAUGAGACGCUGGUACGUAAGGUUUUUCCCAAUGGACAUCUUACAAAUCAAUCAGUUACCCUUAUAUUCCAGCAUUUGUAUCUCUUUUGCCCCUCUUCUCUACAUAUAUCUUUCAAUGGAUCGUAGACACAAUAAUGGCAAUUUAAUAAUGACAGAGGCCUGCUACUCUGAGCAGGUUCCUUUCACGGUUUUUCGCGGGCCAGUAUUGGAUGAAGUACAUCAAAGGAUCAACUCGUGGAUAUACCAGAUAACCAGAGUUUACAAGGAAAAGGAGCAUGCUGAGGUGGAGUUUGCUGUUGGGCCUAUCCCGAUUGAUGAUGGUAUUGGUAAAGAGGUUGUUACUCGGAUUACAACUACCAUGAGAACCAAUAAGACAUUCUACACAGAUUCUAAUGGCAGAGACUUCCUUGAAAGGGUUCGAGACUUCAGAAAAGACUGGGACCUGCAGGUCAAUCAACCGGUUGCAGGAAAUUAUUACCCUAUCAAUCUUGGAAUUUACAUGAAAGACGACAGCCACGAGCUCUCAAUUCUAGUAGACCGAUCUGUUGGAGGAUCAAGUAUUGUUGAUGGACAGUUAGAGUUAAUGGUCCACAGGAGGCUAUUUCGUGAUGAUUUGAAGGGAAUCGCAGAAGCACUAAAUGAGACAGUCUGUGUCCUUGAUGAGUGCAUUGGACUAACGGUUGUCAGGAAAUACUAUCUUCGGAUUGAUCCUUCAGGUGAGGGGGCCCGAUGGCGUUGAACAGUUGGUCAGGAGAUAUAUUCGCCAUUCCUCCUAGCCUUUUCAGUCCAGGAAGGAGAUGAUUUGUCAGACUUUCAUAAACCAACCUUUUCUGGAUUUGCCCCUUCUUACGUGCUCCCGGACAAUGUUGCCCUAAUAACCCUCCAGGAGUUAAAAGGAGGGACAGUUCUCAUUUGGCUGGCACACUUAUACGAGAUUGGAGAGGACAUGGACCUUUCAGUUACUGCAAGUGUAGAACUGAAGAAGCUGUUUCCAGACAAGAAGAUAAGCGGAAUAACGGAGCUCAACUUAUCAGCAAACCAGGAGAGGGCAGAAAUGGAGAAUAGGAGGCUCGUGUGGAACGUAGAGGGCUUUAGAGGAGGAGGAGAGCCUGAGGCCAAGCCGGCAACUAGGGGAGGAGCAGUGGAUCCAGCUGAGCUGGUGGUGGAGCUUACUCCCAUGGAAAUCCGGACAUUCGUCCUCAGCUUCAGCAGUAGAGAAGGACAGUGACACGAGAGGAGUGCCGUAAAAGUGACGAUUCUCUGAAGCUCAGUCCAGCACCUUUUUCCCUCGUGAUGUAAUAAGAAUCAAGUAGAACCUAUAUUAUAUAUCUCUAGGUUUCGUGUAGUGCGAGAUGGUUGCCUCAAAGGCUCAAACGAACAAUCUGUACUGCCUAGUUCAGCAUUAAAAUCACCUCUGUGUACGUCAAGAAUGGAGGGUGCCCAACACAAUAUUAUUUGCAGAAUCAAUAUAUAUCUGCUGGGAUCACUCAUCUGUCAGCCUGAAACGGUUCCAAUC